AUGGCGACGGCAAACGGCAGAACGCAGCUGCCUUCGCCGUUUGAGUGAGUGGAAGCGCUGGGACCUCUUCCUCGCUAUCCCUGUUGAUCUUGGGUGAUCCACUGACACGCCUCAUACCACAUGAUAGCAUCGAUCAGACAUGGCAAUUCUUAGAAGUCGGCAUUUCGGUGAUGGUGCGUAGAUGAGACACACCGAAGCAUCUUCGCUACCCCAGCUGACCACCAAUCCUUGCGUCACCUUAGAUGGCGCGACGUACCGAAGGAUUGUCGUAUACAAGGUAUAUGGAGCUGUACACUGUGGUAUACAACUACUGCACCAGCAGCCGCAUGAAUGCUCCUUCAGAUGGACUCAGCGGUGGCGCUAGAGGUGAGUCGAGGAGUUACGCCCGCGGUGCUCAGACAGAAUGGCUAGUAGGAGACAGCGCUGCUGUAGAGGGCUUCAGCUGGCACACCAAUCUGGCACUGAUUCUCUCUGUCGGAGGAGGCUCCCCGGUCUGCGCAUGCGCCACGGAUGUUGGACUGAUCCUGCGUCGACUAUUCUGGAUCCUCAGGGGCAAACCUCGUCGGCGCAGAUAUGUACCGGAGGCUGAGCAGCUACUUCGUGGAGCACUCCAAAGGUGUUGCGCAGGUGAGUUCACUCAUGAGGAGGGCCUCUUUACGCCAUGUUGAAAGACUACAUUCUUCUUCUCACAGGGCGCCGCUGACCUCUCCGGCGAGGCACUGUUAAAGUAUUAUGUGUCGGAGUGGGACAGAUAUACUACGGGAUCGAAUUUUGUGCACAGACUGUUCACCUACCUCAAUCGACAUUGGGUCCGCCGGGAGAGGGAAGAGGGUCACAGGCAUGUGCACUUCAUCUACACGGUGCGUCGUCGAACGAGGCUCAUGAAAGCAUUGCAAGCCGGGAGCUUAAUCAGUUCACCCAAUUCCAAAUCGUCAAUUCAGCUUGCGCUCGUUCAAUGGAAAGAACAAAUGUUUACGGUGGUGCAGAAGAACGGGAGACUGGUCACAGCUCUCCUCAAUCAGAUUGAGAAGCAAAGGACUGGGGAGACCAUUGAAACAAGUCUGGUGAAGAAGGUAGUGGAUUCAUUUGGUGAGUCAAGUAGUUCGGCCCUCUUCAAUACGCGGUGUUGAUCUUAUAACAACGCAUGCAUGCCACUUAGUCUCGCUGGGACUGGACGAGACCGACUCCACAAAACAGAAUUUGGAGGUGUACAGACACGACUUCGAGCGGGCGUUCUUGCAGGCAACGGAAAUCUAUUACGAAGCCGAAAGCAAGAAUUUCGUCGCUAAGAAUUCUACGACCGACUACAUGAAAAAGGCGGAAGCAAGGCUGAGGGAAGAAGAAGGGCGCGUUGAGAUGUACUUGCAUCCGACUACUACAGCCAAGCUUGUGUCCACUUGUGACAAUGUCCUCAUCCGCAAUCACUCUCAACUGCUCUGGGACGAGUUCCAAGCCCUCUUAGAUGCCGCCAAGACCGACGGUAAGUCAGCAUGCCUGGGAAGCCAACGAUUCGGCCCACUCGACUGACAAGGGAUGCCCACUUUGCAAAUUAUAGACCUCUGGCGCAUGUAUACUUUGCUCUUCCGCAUUCCGGAAGGCUUGCAGCCUCUCAGAGAAAGGUUCGAGGCGCACGUCAAGCGAGUUGGCUUGAACGCCGUUGAGAAAGCGUGCGCAGGAGGCGCAGAAGGCUCAGCGGCGAGUGAAGUGGACCCCACUGCAUAUGUCAAUGCGUUGCUUGAGGUGUACGCAAGCUCUCUCAAGACCAUCCAGAAUGCCUUCCGCACCGAGGCUGGCUUCUUGGCAGCUUUGGAUAAAGCCUGCAGGGAUCUAAUGAACCGGAACAAAGCAACGGGAGCCAGCAACAGCAAGAGCCCCGAACUCUUGGCCAGACAUGCCGAUGGGCUCUUGAAGAAGAGCAAUCGUAGUGCAGAAGAGGCGAACAUGGAAGAAGCACUCAAUCAAGUGGUAAGUGCCUUGUAAGGAAGCUGAUGUCUGAGACAUCCAUAUUGGGCUCACCUCACUGUGUCCGCCUGGGUGCCUCAGAUGAUCGUGUUCAAAUAUAUCGAGGACAAAGACGUCUUCCAGAAAUUCUACUCCAAAAUGCUUGCCAAGCGUCUGGUCAACUUCACGUCAGCGUCCGACGAUGCCGAAUCCAGCAUGAUCUCAAAGCUGAAGGAAGCUUGUGGUUUCGAGUACACAAGCAAGCUUCAGAGGAUGUUCACAGACAUGGGUCUGAGCAAGGAGCUCAACGACAAUUUCCGCAAUUCGACGACUAGCCAAGGAGACGACGCUACUGGUGCAGAGAUGGACUUCUACGUCUUGGUGCUGGCCAAUGGGUUCUGGCCCCUGCCGCACGCCACAACGGAGAUCGUGAUUCCGACCGAGCUUUUGCCGACCUAUACUCGCUUUGAGCGAUACUAUGGUGCUAAGCAUUCGGGACGGAAACUCACUUGGAUGUGGCAACUCGCCAAGACCGAAAUACGCACCAACUACUUGAGCCAAAAGCUUAUCUUCCAGCUCAGUGCUUACCAGACUGCUGUCAUUCUGCAGUUCAACGCAAGCGACAGUCUCACUUACACUCAGCUUCGAGAAGCCACGGGGCUGGCGGACGCGAACCUCAAGCCUGCUUUGGUGCCGCUUGUUAAGAGCAAGGUGCUACGUCAGGAUGACGACGCCUACGAGCUGAAUACUGGUAAGUGUCUCGACGCCGUGCCGCGUGAAUGCUGCUGAAGCUUCCGCAAUGAUUGGCUCCUCAGAGUUUAAAUCAAAGAAGGUGCGCGUCAAUUUGAACAUGCCCAUGAAAGCAGAGCAAAAGGCGGAGUCCUCGGAUGUGAUGAAGACAGUCGACGAAGAUCGAAGGAUGCUACUGCAGGCCACGAUUGUGCGGUGAGUAAUCGCGGCGCUCGAUCUGAUCACCACUAAGUGCUUGAAGUGGACUGGAAGCUGACACCAAGAGAACGAAAUUAUUAUGCCAGCAUAAUGAAAGCGCGAAAGCAACUGAAGCAUAUGCAGCUGGUUGCAGAGGUCAUUUCACAGGUCUCAGCGCGCUUCCAACCAAAAGUGCCAGACAUCAAGAAGGCUAUCGAUCAGCUGAUCGACAAAGAGUACCUUGAGAGGGUGGAGGAUCAAAGAGACCUGUGAGUUCACCAGAAGCGCCGAAAGAUGACUCGUGCUGAGCGCAUCACCAUCUUUAUCCUGCAAUUACAGAUAUCAAUACUUGGCCUAG